UUCUCUUGGAAGAAGUUGUAUGAAGACAUUCUGAAAAAUAUUUGGAGUUGUCAUAUCUUGGGAGAAAGCUAAAAUAUCUCCAGCCAUAUUGAAGAAGCAGUGAAAUCCGAACUUUCUGUGUUUGCAUAUUAAACUUUUGUGAAAAACCAUGUGGACAGCUUAUACAAAAAGGAAUUUGCCUCAGAAGCCUUUGCAUAGGGGUUAUAAAGAAACAAGUGCUUUACCACCAGUUCACAAUCUGUCACUGGAGAAUAGGAUGACUCCAUAUAGUUCCUUGAACAGUCAAAGACCCUCUAAAAACCUCCAAGGACUUUUCUUCACACCACAGAUUUCACAUGCACAGAAAUAUUUGUAUGAAGACGUGUGUUCAAAAGGGACUAGGAAACAAAGAUGUCAUUGGCACAUACCGUUUAUAAAAGUGACUGAAGAAACAGACUUGCAAGUGAGGACACACUUAAAACGCCACAUGUAUUUCCACCUCACUAAAGGAGUCAUUCAUGAAUCUGAGGGUAAAAGUCAAUCACACUUGAGAAAUAUGGACACAUUUUACCUGAAGACUGAAGUAAAAACUAUAGAGCAGGUCCAACACCACCAUUCAACAUAUGGUGUCUCCUGUGAUGACUCUCUGGAUGGAGAUAAAGCUAUUGUUUUCACUGAAAAAGAAUUCAUUUCCAUACCCAAGAAAGCAGAAUCACAGAGAUCAAUACGUGCAAACAAUACGGGCUCUCUUGUAGUAUCAAAUGCAAACGGUUCUACAGAUAAAGACAAAGCUGUUCACUGCGGACUCUCAUCUUUAACUACACAUCAUCUGCAAACUCAGACUGAAAAACAAAAAUCCUUCUGUGGUGUACCGCUGCAAAGCCAAGAAAUAUCCAAUAGUAUGAGGUAUCCUCACAGCCCUCCGGACAGCAAUACAAACAGAGCAGCAAUUAGAGGAUUAAUCAAUGUGCCAUGUAUCUCUAAAAAGAAAAUCUUUAUGAUCUAUGUUUGUGGCGGAUAUCAAGAUUCAGAAGUUGAGCGAAACGCAUUAAUGGAAAAGUCCUUUCCUUGCUUGUACAGUUAUUGUAAAAAGAGAGGUUAUGAUUUCCGCCUGCUGGACCUGAGAUGGGGUAUGAAAGACGGAAUCUCUAAUGAUCACCAUGUGGCUUCCUUGCAUAUAAAGACAUUGAAGAAGUGCCAGGAGUUAGGAUUCCAAACCUUUGUAGUUUUCAUCGGACAAAAACAUGAUGAUUCCUGUAUCCCAGAAAUAAUAAACAGGGAACAAUUAGAGGCAAUCAAAGAUAGCAUUGAAAAUAUGAAGCUGAGUAUCCAAAUGCCAAGCCAGACCUUGGAUGGUGGUCUGAAGACGGAAGCGUUAAUAGGAAAAAAGGAUGAAGUUCAAGGUGAAGUUCACCAAGACGUCGUGAACCUUGAUCUAUCAUCAUCUAAAGAACAUGAAACUGAGAGCCCCAUCAAGCAGGAACAUAAAGCAAUCACUUCAAAUGCGCAGGAUUUUUCUACUGCUUCUCCACCCACACAAAAGACCGAAGCUGAAUAUGAGAAGGAACUUCAGCUUCUCAAUAAGUGGUACCGUUUGGAUGAAAAUUGCAUCCCUGCAAUGUACAGGCUUCAGCCUAUUUGCGCAGUGUACAGAGACAUCUUCAGCAAGGAUCCCACUCGCAGGCAACAAGCCAAGAACAAAUGGUUGAUAUCUUUUCAGAAACUAUGUAAGAUAUUUCAAGAAUAUGCUCCAGUUGCUCUUGACCAAGAAGCUGCCAUGACACUGCUCAAAACAGUUUUACAGCAAGAAGUGGAUCAUGGAUUCCAGGUCCAAGGAUCUUGCGAGGAUCACUGCCACUGUUUCAAAAGAAAUAUCACUGACCUGCAGUGCAACCUGUCAAGCAACCAGGCUUCCCAAGACAUUGACAUUCAUCCACAGAAACCAGAGAUUAACAAAGGAAAGCAGGACACUCAUAAAGACUUUGUGGAAAGCAUUCAUUCCAGGCUUCGUCACACAAAUGUCUACACAAAGAAUAUUAGCUGGGGGAAAGAUGGAAUCACUCCUGCCAGCAACAGAAGCCAUGCUUACUAUCUCGAGUGCCUUUGCAAUGACUUUCAGAAAAUUGUUAUCAACCAGUUCAAAAGAAUGAGUAGCUCAAAAGACUUUCCAGAAAGGUUACAUGCAAGAAAGCAAGUAUUUAAAACUCACAAUGAAGAAGAGAUUCUGGAGCAUAUCCAGUACUGUCAGGCCUUGGUUAAACGUAUGAUAGGUAGAGAAACGUUUUUGAGUGAGCUAAAGAAUCUUGUUACAUCUUUAAACAGAAGAUUAACUGUAAUUUGUGGAGAAGCUGGAUGUGGGAAAAGUGCCCUCACAGCAAAGGCAGCCACACUGGCUCCUAACUGGAUCUCUGGGAACCUCAGAGUUAUAAUUCGAUUUAUUGGCAUCACUGGUGAAAGCAGAAAUGUUCGACUGAUUCUUUUGAGUCUUUGCUGUCAGAUAGCGGAUAUUUACAAUGUCUCUGUUAAUUUAUCCAAGGACUUGGAAGCCCUGGUGGAAGAGUUUCUUUCCUUACUGGAAUUUGCUACACCAGACAAGCCCCUUCUAAUAUGCCUGGAUGGGCUGGAUGAAUUAUCAGAAGAAUAUGAUGCUGAUCUUUCUUGGAUACCAACUGAACUACCAAAGAAUGUGUAUUUUAUUGCUUCCAUAUGCACUGAAUCCGGUUUUUCAUGCUUACAGGAACUGGAGAAAAGAACAGUAAAAGAGAGCAUUCUACAAAUACCUCCUUUAACAUGUGGAGAAAUCAAUGAGAUUAUUAGUUCCUGGUUAGAAAAGGACUGCCGAAGACUCUGUGGUCACCAACGUGAUCUCUUAAUGGAGGCGUGCACAGCCUGCCCACUGCCACUUUAUGUAUCCUGUGCAUAUAAGGAGUCUUGUCUGUGGACAUCUUUCAGUCCAGAGACUGAGGUAUGUCUUCCUCAAAACAUACCUGACCUGUACACACAAACUCUGGACAGAAUGGAAAAAUUCCAUGGGGGACAAGUGCUGAAGAGCAUGGCCGCUUAUGUGACACUUUCAAGGAACGGUAUAACACAGGAAGAGCUGCUUGAUCUAAUGUCAAUGGAUGAGGGAGUCAUUCAAGAAAUCGCUAAAUUCCAAAAUGUGUCCGUUUCAGCAUUCCCUCUAGUUCUGUGGCUGAAGCUUUUGGAUGAUCUUGGGGAGCACCUGAGAGAGCAAAGAAGUGACAACAGUUACGUUUUCAGCUGGGCCCAUUCAGCUCUGAAACGCGUUUGCCUAAAGCGAUACCUCAAAACACAGGAUUCCCAGGUUUCACUGCACGCUACCUUGGCAGACUACUACCUAGGCAGAAUUUCACAUGAUCUCAGAAAACAGAGAGUGAUGUCUACAUUUCAGCCUUUAGCCUGGGUUUUGAAAAAAGAAUCCACAAGUAAUUACACAUUCAACGUGAGAAAACUCCUUGGGACUCCAUAUCACCUCAUCAAAGCAAAGAAUAUUAGUGUUCUAAUAAAAGAAUGUCUGUUUAAUUAUGAGUUUCUUUUGCACAAAUCCCAGGCUUUGUCGAUUAUCACUGUAGAAGAGGAUCUCAAAGCAGCUAUCAGCACAGAAAGGACUCUCCCUGAUUUGACUUUAUUAAGUGAAGUUCUACAACUAUCCAGGAAAGUUUUACUUCAAGACCCCUGUCAGAUGGCUUCACAGUUUAUAGGUCGCCUCCAUCAUAUUGUGGCAGCAGAUAAACCAGUUGCCCCAGGUGAUCCCAAAAAAUAUCUCUAUCUGCCGGCUCUUUUGUCUCAGUGCCAGAAGUCUUCCAUUCCUGUCCUUGUACCUUCAACGUCUUGCCUGAUACCACCUGGUGGACUUCUUUGUCAUCUUUUGACAGGUCACCUGGACAGGAUUACAGCAAUUGGAGAAACCCAGAAAGAACUCGUAGUUGCAACAGCUUCUUGCGAUGGGACUUUGAAAUUGUGGGAUUUGCGGGCUAGCAAAGCCAUCUUUACUCUGCACAGUGUUGGAAAGAAUAUUAGAGAUAUUGCUGUGUGUUUGGAGAACAGAUUGGUGGCUGUGUCUGACAAAACUACCAUUAAAAUCUGGGAUCUUUCCUCACAAAUGGUAAUAUAUACAGCUGGUGAAUUUUUAGAUACUCCAAUAUUAAGAUCUGCAAUGAGUGGACAGCUCCUGCUCGUCUUCUUUAAUGGCAACCACAUGGUUCAGGUUUUCGAUCUAACACAUUCAUGCCAGUUAGUCCAUGAAGGAUUCCUUUCAACAGAAGAAGUUCCAAUGCACAAGAACCGUUCCAUAUUGGUAUCAAAGAAUUCAGUGAAAGAUUAUGUUCUCUGUGCCCAUAGGAGUGGAAAUGAAGCAAUGGUUUUCAGUGGCAAAAAGGGGAAAGUGGUUGCUAAGCUGAAAAGCCAAGAGCCAAUGGCCGCUGUGGAGGAUGUGGCUGUAACGAAGGAAUACUUCCUGGUGAUCUUCAGGUGUCCCUUUAUGAGACAGCGUGAAAUUGUGCAUAUAGAACUCUACAAUGUCCACAACUUUGCCUAUGCUCACAGUUUGAAAGGAUGCUGCAAUGAUUACAUACACACUUUUGCUGUAACUCAGCUGGGCUCUCACCUGGUGGCAUUCAGCCCCAUUCCAAACACCAACACCACUGAGAUACUGUCAUGGAACCUGGAAUCUGAAGAUCACAAACAUUUGACUAAAUUUCCUUCAGUCCCAGCUGGUGGUGUAUGUUCUGACCUUCGAUAUUGUUUAGCAUUUUGUGAUGGAGAAAAUUAUCUCCGAUCAUGGAACCUGGCUUCCAAGAUCAAUGACCAAUCCUUGAUAGUCACAGUAAGCAAAGGAAAGAAAACGAAUGGCAUCCAGAAUAUUGUAACCAUGGAGAACUAUCCCAGGUAUGCCGUGUGCCAAAAUCCGAGUCCUGGAGCCAUAACAGUGUGGAAUAUUGUGAAAUCAAAAUGUAAACACAAUGCUGUUAGAGUGGAGAGGGGGCUGAUAGAGAACACGGAUAUCGUGUUGGUGAGAGAUAUGAAGCUUUUUGUCCUUACAGACAAAGGAAUGGCCUCCUUUGGAGAUCCUCCAAGACCCCUUUUCCAGACCCUAUUAGUUUAUGAUCUCCUGAAAAAGAAGUACCUAAAGAAGCAGACUGGCCUUUACAUCGUUCCCUGCCAAAAUAAUGAGUACAGGAUCCUUGAAGGAGGCCUUCUGCUCAGUCUCUCAGAGAACAGAGAUCAUUUUAUCACUUGGAAUUUGGAAACUGGAUUCAUUAAAGAUCGAAUAAGACCAGAGUACAAGGACAAAUUCUCCUUCCAAACCACUCAACAUCACCCUGCCUUGUCCAAAGAAAACAUGAAAUUAUACAAAGAAGCUUUGUCUAAAGGAAUAACAGCAGCAUUAUGUCCUUCUUGGGAAAGGCGAAAUGAAACUAAAACUGGAAAGAAAAGGCGACUGGAAAAGGCAGUGAAAGCGGAGAUGGAGAAGCAGCAGAAACUUCUGAAUGAGAAGAGUAAUGCUAUCGACCAGUACCUCCUGAGUGGAGACCAAAAGGUAGCUGUUUGUUCCUACUAUGCACAUCACCUGACCGUGUUCAGCUUGGAAAGCAUGUCCCAUGUUCACACUAUUGAGAGCAAAGAAUCCAUGUUUUUCUUACACAGUGCUGCCUUAACCUAUAAUGGCCUUUACCUGGUACUUUCCAAUUACAAUGAGGAGGAGAAAGUCAGCUAUGUAACACUGUGGAAUUUAAAGUCUGCCAAGGUUCAGAAAAGAUUGAAAAAUGAACCAAAUGUCUGUUGUACAGCCAUUACAGACGAUGCAAGUAGAAUAAUAUUUGGAGUGAUGGUGGAAAACAGGAUUAAAAUUUGGGAUCCAUUCAAGCACAGGCACAGAUUAAUUCAAGGUUAUGAAGGUCUUCAUCUGACUGUGAACAGCAAACUACACAUAUUGGAAGGGACUAAGGCAGUCCUGCUUGCAGGUGAAGUUAGCCUCUGGGACUUGGAAAGUGGCACACUUAUAUCCAUCUUUACACCAGACAGCAAAAUCUCCUGCCUGACUGUUGCCUAUGAUAGACAGACAGUGCUUUUAGGAUUGAGUGACAGCCCAAUUCUCAUCACUUUGAAAAUGCUGAGCAGCCACAGUGCUGGAAGUUCAACAGGAAAAGAUUUAUUUGGAGAAGAAUCUACAAGCAGUGAAGAAGAGCCUGAAGUUAGUUAAGGCAACUGUUCUGAACAGAACACAACAAUUAUGUAACCUGAAGAUGCAAGUACCUCAUACAAUAAGGCUCUAAAAAGAAGAUUCAGAAAUUAUUCUCAACCAAGUCUGACUCAAGAACGCUUAUUCCUUGCAUAAAUGUAUCAGCAUAAAGACUAGCCUCUCAGCCCUGCAUUUGGGUAAGCCAUGCAGCACAGUGAGCGUCUGUUUGUAUGAAGCAUCUAUAUGGUGGUGACUGCUACUAGAGAUCAAGUGAUUCUAUUACUCUCUAAAGUAUACCA